UCUUCGUUUUUUAUGCGACUCACAAAGAGGCAAUCAUCGGCUGCAAAUUCACCUCCGUCGUGUGUGAAAGAAAUGAGGAAACUCCUCUGCAUCGCAAUACUUGGGUGCCUUACCCUGGCACCACUGAUACAAGCUGGCGAGGGAACUUGGUCUUGGGGUGGUGAUUCAACCAAGGAUGACAAAAAGGAAUCGGACAGUGUUACGUUGCUCCUUGGUGAGGAGAAGACGCCAAUUAAGAGAUCAUCCACCGUUGAGAAUGAUACCCUCGUGGAUGAGAUUGUGGAUUCAAUUCUCACAUCAACACGGCAAGGAAGGAAUCUUGAUGGCUACGACGAGGUAUAUAGCGAUCCCAGUGUGAAGGAAGCACUCCAGAAUGGUGAUGACGUAGAAGCUAGGAACAUCAUCAAGGACAAGCUUUGUAGCCUGGGUCUGAUGCAGUGUGAUUUUGAAGACAUUGAAGGGAAGAGACCCUAUUUGCACCCUGAAGAUCUAAUCUACGCACAACCCGUUGCCAUUCGACCUGUGGGACGUCCACAACCAUCUGUGCCGUACAAGCAGCGACCAGGACCACCUGGAUCGUAUCGCCCAUCACCUGGAGGACCUCACGGUGGCCCCUAUGGACCACCAAAACCCAUGCCACCACCGAGAAAAGUUGGCUAUGCCCCAUCCGGUAAACCUCCAGGCUACGGACCACCCGGAAAACCCUUCAAUGGACCCUAUGUUUCCGGUCCGGGGCCUAUCUACUCUAGCCCACCCAUUAGUGCUGGGGAUUCCCAAAUAAUCUAUUCACCCAAACCUCCGGGUCCAAUCUAUGAUGGAGAAUCUGCCAAUCCCUAUGAAUUUGAGAGUCCAGUUUAUGGAAAUAAAUUCAGCUACCAACACGGAGAGAAGGUCCACUACGAACAUAUUCAGGAUGGAUCACCAUUUGGCAAGGACAAGCCUUCAAUUGUUGUGAAUCCAAGUGGAGCAUCCACCCACACUGCUGCUUCAUCCAAUGUUCAGCAGCACGUUCACCAUCACUAUCACCACGCUGAUGGUGGUAUCGGUGAGAAGAUUGCAGUACCUGUGCCAGUUCCGGUAGGCGGAAGCAAUGCUAUUGUCGGCAAUGAAUUCUCUCAGUCAUCUCAUCUCACGGCUUCAGCUUCAAGUGGAUUCACACCUGUUAGUGGAAGUUUUGGCUCAUCCUACAACGACAUUCGUCCAGUUAGUGAGAAUAUCAAGAAUCAAGGACCUGCAACAUUCGGAUCAUCCUCAAACUCAGUUUAUGGGUCAUCUGCAGGAUUUGGGAGUCAAUCUUCAAAUUUUCAAUCACUCAAUGGAGGUUUCAGCGGAGGAGUCAACAGUGGGCUAAACAGUGGGUUUAACAGUGGACUUAAUAGUGGGCUAAACAGCGGGUUAAGCAGUGGCCUGAAUAGCGGCUUUAAUAGUGGAUUUAGCAGCGGAUUAAAUAGCGGCUACACCAACGGCCUCCAAGGAAACUACGCACAAUCCCAGCAGUAUUUGUCUCAAGCAGCACAGUACCAGGGCUACAAUACAGCUCGUCAGGAGAAUUUUGACUGCAUCUGCGUGCCAUUUGAUCAGUGCCCUGCUAACGAAGUAAUUGGCCGAAAGGAUGAUUUGAUUCUACCAGUUGAUCCCAGAAAUCUCGCUUCAGACAUCGAAGCUCUUUCCGAUGAAGCAGUUGUAACAGACGGAAAUGGAACUAUGACCGUUGUGAGGGUGCCCAAGAAAGCAGAUAACCCUGAGGACAAUGACAAAGAAACCAAAGAAGAGGAGAAAGUAGAGGACAAAGAAUCCAAACCAGAAGAAUCCAAGAAGAUCAGCAAACGUGAUGUUUCAGAUAAGAAAGCUAGUGGAGAAGAUAAGGCCAACAUUGAACCGCGUCUUUUGGGUUUCAACGGUGCCAAUGGGCUGAAGAAGAAGGUGGAACCUACAUUUGGGGUCUCCUUCGGCUUGCCCUAUCCAACCCAUGGUUACCCACUGAACCCCUAUGGACCCUACCCAGCACCCAAUCCAUACUUUGGCUCCAUCAGUCCCAACGGCCUCAAUUUGGGCCUUGUCAACGUCAACCCACUCGUAUCCUUCCAAGUCACCAAGGAUGAGUACGGCGAGAAGGUUCUCAAGCCCCUCGUUAAUGUCCACGUGACCCCCAAUGAGAAUAUCCUGCACAAGGUGGGAAAUUUCUUCCACAACAAGAAGCACGGUAUCAAGCAGGCAAUUCACUCUCAGCACUACCAUCAUCACCAGCACUACCCCUCCCCUCCGGAAAUCUACCACCCACACCACCACCAUCACCCUACUGGACCCUACUACGAUUCCCCACCACCAAACUUCCAUCCAUCAGGGCCCUCGUACUAUGGCCCCUCUGGUGGUGGAUACGGUUUCUCCUCCGGACCAAGUUACUUCCGCGAUUCCGGCCCUGAUCUUGACUACAACCCCUUCCUCUUCGAUGGGCGUAGUGCAAAUGGAAGUGCCCAGCAGCAGCAGCAGCAAUACAAGCUAGCUCAGUACAACUACCAAAAUGUCUAUCCGCAGAAUCAGAAUAAUUUCCAACACUACCAAAAUCCCGAUACACGAGACUACCGUCAGGCUGGAUAUGCCAAUGAGUACAACUACCAAACCCCAACACACCCAAUCCCAGCUCAAGCACCAGGAGAUGCUAGAGGAUCAAAGUCUGUUACCUUCCCAACUAAUCGUAGAAAACGUUCUGUUGAAGAAGUUGAGGAUAAAGAAAUUCCCAAAGAGAGAUCUCUCAAUACCGAAAAGAGACAAGCCUUCUACCGACCACCAGUGCAGCAGCAAUUGCUGCAACAGCAGUGCGGACCAAGGAGUGUUUGCUGCCGAAGACCUGCGAGACAGCAGGUUCCCAUAAGGGGACCCCUGGGGCAGUGUGGUGCGAGAAAUGCUCAAGGUGUCAAUGGGCGCAUUAAGAAUCCCGUUUAUGUGGAUGGAGACAGUGAAUUUGGGGAAUAUCCAUGGCAGGUGGCGAUCCUCAAGAAGGACCCAAAGGAAUCGGUCUAUGUGUGUGGAGGAACCCUCAUUGAUCAUCAACAUAUCCUAACGGCAGCUCAUUGUGUUAAAACGUACAACGGCUUUGACCUCCGCGUUCGCCUUGGGGAAUGGGACGUUAACCACGACGUAGAAUUCUACCCUUACAUUGAGCGGGACAUCAUUGCUGUCCAGGUGCAUCCUGAGUACUACGCUGGUACCCUGGACAACGACAUUGCCAUGUUGCGAAUGAACCAUCCAGUUGACUUUGCGCAAUCACCUCACAUCUCCCCAGCUUGCCUACCGGAUAGAUUCUCCGACUUUACAGGGGCACGUUGCUGGACCACUGGCUGGGGAAAGGAUGCCUUUGGGGAGUUUGGGAAGUAUCAGAACAUCCUCAAGGAAGUCGAUGUACCUGUGAUCAAUGAGCUACAGUGUCAGCAACAGCUGCGGAAUACUCGUCUUGGCUACAACUACCGCCUGCAUCCGGGAUUCCUCUGUGCCGGUGGAGAGGAGGGCAAGGACGCGUGCAAGGGAGACGGAGGAGGACCUCUGGUGUGCGAGAAGAAUGGCGUUUGGCAACUUGCUGGAAUUGUAUCGUGGGGCAUUGGGUGUGGACAAGUCAAUGUACCCGGUGUGUAUGUUAAGGUGUCCUACUACCUAGACUGGAUCAAUCAAGUCGCCAGGAGAUUCUAAAGAAGAACCCAAAACGAGAAAUCUCCAAGACUUCAGUAGGCUUAGUUUCUCACAAUUAUUUAUUCACUACUAAUCCAGUGGAUGUCUUCGUGGACACAGAAGACAAAACUAACGACCCUUUCAUAACUCUUUGGCUCUCCGUGAUCAGGAGUCCUGGUCACGCGAUACCAGAGAUAGACGUGUAAUGCUCAAUUGCAUUUUAUAUUGUAAGGUAAAGAUAUUCAAAUAAAUUACCUAUUUACUCAA